GGUUUUCUUAAUAAGUCCAAGCCUGGCUGGUGGGAGGCUUCGUUCGUAUUCGUAAACCGAAAAGGGUGUGGAUUUUAACUUAGUCCUAACAAUUUAGCCCGCUUCCAUAUUACAUUGCAUCAUCUGGCGAGAUUGUAGUAAAGGGCUAACUUGUAAUAAAAAAUAUAUACCUAGGUCUAAUCAACAAAAACGGUGGUUAUUGAAAAUUUUUGUUUACCUCGAGAACCCAAAGUUAUUUUUAUAAGGAAGCAUUUAUGCGAUUGUAAGGUCAACGUAAUAUGAAAAUAUAAACAUUUCUCUUUUUAAUUAAUACAUAUUACAGUUACCUAUCAACUGUCUCAGAUUGUACUGUACGAGUAUGUUUGACUCUCCACUUGUUUCUUUAUGUUUAUUUUACAUUAUUAUUUCCUCCGCAUUGAAUACAAAUGCAUCAGUAAAAAGAUACCCACCAGACAGGCGAAAAUUGCUAGAAAGCGAAAAUUUUAGUAUUUCCCGAAAGAAUACAGUAGUUUUAAAAGUAUUCUACGAAUCUCUUUGCCCAGCAAGUGCAGAUUUCUUCUCGGGGCAGUUACAACCCACUGUAGAGGCUUUGGGCACUCGUGUCAAAGUGAUAAUGAACCCUUAUGGGAACGCGGAGACAAAACACUACCGAGGUGUCUACAAAUUUUCAUGUCAACAUGGCCCUGAAGAAUGUUACGGUAACAAGUUGCACGCCUGUGCUAUUGGUAUUAUAAGAAACAAUACAAGGGCUGUAUUCUACAAUUCCUGUUUGUUGAAAUACUCGCGAAAAGGAGAAGACUCCAGUAUCGACUUCACCACAGCCUUAAAUUGGUGUGGAUAUAAACAUGGGGUGCCGAUUCGACAAGUGUGGAAAUGCGCUCACAGUAGACGAGGUGCAAAUCUUUUACAACGUUUUGGUCGAGAAACGCACAAGCUGAAUAUUAAAUACGUGCCAUACGUGAUGCUGGGCGACUCAUCAGCUAUGCAGGACCAGGCGACUGGGAACUUGAUUGCGGCCAUAUGUCAAAUGUUACACUAUCCACCGCCCGUCUGUGGACUUAAUACAGACAUACGAUCUUCCAAAACUUAUCCGUAGCAUGAAUGUUAAGCUAUUUUUUACUUUGAAUCAAACAUGGCAACAUCUACCCAAUAUUAUAUUUUUAGAGGGCGUUCUUUUUUGUAAAAAUUAAGCUUAAUUACCUUGAAUUAUAGACAUACAUUAUUCAUACAGAACAAACAAAUCAACUUUCAUCGUUUCAAUUCGAAACCGGAACAUCCCCUGUCUAUACAAUAUUUAGUGGGAUUUCUAUUGGAUAUGGAUGACGUACCUAAUCAAUAACUUAUGUAAUCGCAUAUUACAGUACUUUCAUCAUCUAAAAAAUUAUAUAAUCAUGUACCUACCUAUUAACAAUUUUUUCAGCCAAAUUCUACAA